AGCUUUCGGAGCAUACCUAAGUGCUCGCGUAUCAAAGUGUUCAUGAGAGAGAGAGAGAGAGAGGCAGAGAAUUCUGCUAUAAAUAGGUUUGACUAGAGUGGCACUCAGACAGUUUUCGACGAUCGCUCUGCUUUGCAAGACGUGCAAGUUGAAAUAUGGUCUCCUCAGUGUCAUCAGGUGCUACGUCCGAUGGCGGCGGAAAAUAUUGCUUCGCUAUCGAUCGCGGCGGCACCUUUACCGACGUGCUCUGCAUCUGCCCCGGCGGACGAGUGCGCACAAUGAAGUUGCUCUCUGAAGAUCCGGAACGCUACAGCGACGCUCCUCGCGAGGGCAUACGCCGCAUACUGAAAGAGGAAACUGGCGCAGAUCUGACCGCAGCUGGGCUUGUAGACACGUCGAAGAUUGGAUGGGUGCGCAUGGGCACCACUGUUGCGACCAAUGCCCUGCUGGAGCGGAAGGGCGAUCCUGUCGUUCUGGUUGUUAACACUGGAUUCCGUGAUCUUCUCUACAUCGGCAACCAAGCCCGACCUAAAAUCUUCGAUCUAAACAUACGCAAGCCGGCGAAUCUCUACCAGAAUGUUGUCGAGGUUACCUGCCGCAUUGUGCCGGAGCAGGCAGAGCGCUGCCAGCUAAAUCAGCAGUGGAAAGUGCUGCAGGGCGUGACUGGAAGCAAAUACCUGGAAAUGCAGCCUGUGGACGAGCUGGCCGUGCGGGCAUCCCUUUCUGCUGCUCGCCAACAGGGCAUCAACUCUGUGGCUGUGGUACUGGCCCACAGCUACGCCUGCCCGGAACACGAACUGCGCAUUGGUGCCAUUGCGAGCGAGUUGGGAUUCAGCCAUGUUACGCUAUCGCACAAGGCAAUGCCCAUGUGCCGGGUGGUGGCCCGUGGCUACACAGCCUGUGCUGAAGCCUACCUGACACCCCAUGUAGAUCGCUACCUAGCCAGCUUUAAAUCGGGCUUCGAAAAUCAGUUGGCUGGUGUGGAUGUGCUCUUUAUGCAAUCAGAUGGAGGCCUAACUAACAUGGAAAACUUCCGAGGCGCGCGUGCCAUACUUUCGGGUCCGGCAGGCGGAGUUGUGGGAUAUGCGCUUACAGGCUCGCGUGAAACGGAUUUGCCAUUGAUUGGCUUCGACAUGGGCGGUACUUCCACUGAUGUGUCCCGUUAUGCCGGUAGCUAUGAGCACGUUAUUGAGAGCACCACAGCGGGCGUAACAAUUCAGGCGCCACAGUUAGACAUCAAUACUGUAGCAGCGGGCGGCGGUUCCCGGCUCUUCUUCCGGUCAGGCAUAUUUGUGGUGGGUCCGGAGUCCGCGGGCUCCCACCCGGGUCCGGCUUGUUACAAGAAGGGCGGGCCACUGACCGUUACCGAUGCCAAUCUGAUGCUUGGCCGCAUUCUUCCCCAAUACUUCCCAAAGAUCUUCGGUCCAAAUGAGAAUGAGCCCCUGGACUAUGAGCUCACCAAGCGCAAGUUCAGGGAGCUGCAGUCAGAUAUAAAUGCUCAUCUGAAAGCCAGCGGUGACUCAAGAGUACUAAGCAUUGAGCAGGUGGCUCUGGGAUUCAUUCGCGUCGCUAACGAAACAAUGUGCCGACCGAUACGUGCUCUGACGCAGUCCCGCGGCUUGGACACCGCGAAUCAUGUGCUCUCCUGUUUUGGUGGUGCCGGUGGACAGCAUGCCUGCUCAAUAGCUCGAAAUCUGGGCAUAGCUAAGGUGGCAGUGCAUAAAUAUGCAGGAGUGCUUUCAGCCUAUGGCAUGGCACUGGCAGAUGUUGUCCAGGAGGUGCAGGAGCCCAGUGGGAUGGAAUUUAAUGAUGCGAAUGCACAGCUGAUUAAGGAGCGAUUAGAUGCAUUGUCAGCCCAGUGUCAUGGUCAGCUGGCAGAGCAAGGUUUUAAGAAAAUUGAGCUUCAAUCAUUCCUCCAUUUGCGCUACGAGGGCACUGAUGGGGCCUUGAUGUGUACGCCAGCACCUGCUGAUAAGGGUCAGUUGUCGGAGCAAUCAUCGGCGUUGUUAGCUGCCUAUGGCGAUUUUCACGUCACUUUUCUUGAGCGUUACCGCACCGAGUUUGGUUUUGUGCUGCAAAAUCGACGCAUAAUCGUAGAUGAUAUUCGCAUACGGGGCCUUGGUAAAAACGAGACACCACCUGAGCCGCAGGUGGAAAAAGCACUAGAGCUUACUCCCACAGCCGAGGGAUACACCCAAGUGUACUUUGACCACGGUGCAUUUGAAACGCCUAUCUAUUUAACCAAGCAUCUGCUGGCCGGACAUAAGAUCUCCGGGCCUGCUGUGCUUAUCGAUCAGCUGUCCACAAUCAUAGUGGAGCCUGAAUGUUCCGUUCAUGUGACCAUCUAUGGUGACCUUAUAAUGGAUGUGCAAACAAGCGGCAAGCAUGGCAUUAAUGCGGAACUGGACCCAGUGCAUCUGAGUAUAUUCAGUCACCGAUUUAUGAGUAUUGCCGAGCAGAUGGGCAGAGUGCUUCAGCGUACCUCCAUCUCGACCAACAUAAAGGAGCGUCUAGAUUUUUCCUGUGCUCUGUUCGGCCCGGACGGCGGCCUUGUUAGUAAUGCACCACACAUUCCCGUACAUUUGGGUGCCAUGCAGGAGACGGUACAGUACCAGCUGCGUGUGCGGGGUGAGACCUUAAAGAAUGGCGAUGUCAUUUUGGCAAAUCAUCCACAAGCCGGUGGCUCCCACCUGCCGGACCUUACAGUUAUCACACCAGUGUUCUAUGAGGGACAACCGCGUCCAGUGUUCUUUGUUGCGUCGCGCGGACAUCAUGCAGACAUUGGCGGAAUAACGCCUGGCUCGAUGCCCCCUCAUUCAACAUCCCUCGCUCAGGAGGGCGCAGCUUUCAAGUCGUUCCUCAUUGUGGAGAAUGGGGUAUUUCAAGAGCAACAGAUUGUACAGCGCCUGACAACACCAACUGGAGCUAAGGGUGCUGUGGGCACACGCAACCUCAGCGACAAUCUGUCAGAUCUGAAGGCACAGAUCGCUGCCAACCACAAGGGCAUACACCUAGUGUCUGAGCUUAUUGACAGUUACGGCCUUAACGUAGUACAGGCAUACAUGACCCACAUUCAAAAAAACGCGGAGCUAGCUGUGCGCGACAUGUUGCGUCAGAUUGGUCGAGAUACCUUGGAGCGUACAGGCUCGACGGUGCUAAUGGCCCAAGAGUUUAUGGAUGACGGCUCACCCAUCACUCUGCGUGUUACCAUAGAUCCCGAACACGGUUCGGCUUUGUGCGACUUCAGUGGAUCCAGUGAAGAGGUCUGGGGUAACUGCAAUGCUCCAAGGGCUAUAACGCUGUCUGCUCUUAUAUACUGUCUUCGUUGUAUGGUGGGACACGACGUGCCACUUAAUCAAGGCUGCCUGGCGCCCAUUCAUGUUGUGAUACCCAAGAAUUCUAUACUGGAUCCGUCAGAAGGUGCAGCUGUAGUUGGCGGGAAUGUUCAAACCUCACAGCGCAUUGUGGACACCGUGCUAAAAGCCUUCCGUGCUUGCGCUGCCUCGCAAGGCUGCAUGAACAACAUCACCAUUGGAGACGAUCAGUGGGGGUACUACGAAACUGUGGCUGGCGGCUCAGGCGCUGGGCCAGGUUGGCAUGGUGCUGGUGGUGUGCACACGCACAUGACCAAUACUCGUAUUACUGAUCCGGAAAUUCUGGAACUACGCUAUCCCAUGAUACUGAAGCGCUUCUGCCUGCGUACCGACGGAUCCGGCGGGCGUGGACGAUUUGUUGGCGGCGAGGGAGUCGAACGCGAUUUACUCUUCCGCAAGCCGGUUACAUUAUCCGUUCUCACCGAACGUCGCACAUUGCAGCCGUACGGGCUGGCUGGCGGUGAUCCGGGAAAGAGUGGACGCAAUCUUAUCGUUAAGCAUGACGGACGAGUAAUUGCCCUUGCUGGCAAGACCUGCAUUGAUGUUGAGGCUGGGGAUACAUUUGCAAUGAAAACACCUGGUGGCGGUGGAUACGGUAUCAGCGAUGAUUCCUCCAACGCUGAUCAACCCGCGCAAAACAUUGCGAACGUCCCCAGGUUCGUCGAAAGGGGCACAGUCCACGACUACCGUCAAGCACAAGAGUCCGCAUAACUAAACAGAAAUAUGUAACGGCAUUAAAAAAACAAAACAAACAUUGUUAAUUAAUUAUAGAUUGUUUAUACGUGUGUAAACAUGUGAAAGCUCGUGAA